CAAGCUUUCUUCUACCGAAGGCCGGUCACCAAAUUCCAUUUGCAAUGCAUGCCUGGAGGCUUCAAGAAAAGCUGAGAAAGCCUUGGGUGAUCCAGAAUUGUUUGGUGUCUACAAAAGUCAGAGGCAUAUAUGCAUCAAACAACGCUGUCUUUGCAAGAUCUUUUCCAUGAAGAAAAUCUCUGCAACAGCACAGGAUUAUGUUUGGACGAGUCCCUGCUUUGUCGCAUUUCAUUAAACAAGUUUUCUUCUGAGACAGAGGAGAACACUUGUUUAGCAUGCCGCAAAUCUGUCAAAAAUAUUUUCAUUCAAUUAAAGGCUCCUAAGCUGAGGAUGAAGAUAAUGGAGACUCUUAUUGAGAACUGCAAAGAAGCAGAUGAGAAUGAAGAGCAAUGCAAGCAAAUUGUCUGCAUGUAUGUUCCCCUAAUCCUGUCAAAACUUGACAAGCAGAAACCCAGUGACCGGUGCCGUCUGAUGAAUCUCUGUGAUGAGGGGAUAUCUCUGUGAAAUGCCUGUCCAGUUAGCUAAGUGGUAGCUUUGCUUCUAUUAGAUGUGCUCAAAAUAACCAAGAAAGGGGGAGAUUCUGGAUCUUUGAGGAUUGAAUAAUGUGAUGUUCAUGCAUCAUAUGUCCAAUGUUGCUGGGAUUGGUGUGAUCAGCCAUGUGUUAUUGCUUUUAUGUCUGAAAGCAGAUGUAUAUUCUUCUUUCGGUAUAAAAAUUUUGUCCGAAGAACCUUUGGAAAUCUUCUGCCGCAGUUGGCAUCUGAUCAAGCAUUGCAAUAUAUUGCUGCUACCUCAUCUAGUUGUCCAAAACGUAAUUUGUUUACAUAGUUAAAAUGGUGUCUUUGUUAUUAUACAAGCCAGUUGUGAGAUCAUUAUAUUAAUUGUUGUUCACUUGU